AUGGACUGUCAAAAUUACCAUGAGGUUAUCAGCCUCGACUCGGAUGAUGAUGAUUUGGAAGCAACGCCGUAUCUUGGCUCAUCUACUAGUAUGCACGACGCGUCCAUAGAUACAUUUGACGCAACUGAUACUUUCCCAGCCAAAGCGCCUGCCAAUGUGAAACCAAAGCAAUUUCCCCUCAAAUCUGAACAUGAUGAUACUCCGUUGCAUCCUUCGUCGGAGGUGCCAACCGUUAUCGAGUCGACGGAUGAUGAGUCGGACGAUUUCAACGAUGGCGAGGAAGCGUACAAGAAGUUCAAAGGUCGUAAGUCUCUGAAGCGUAAGCAGACUGCGGCUGCAACCCGCAGGGCAAUGGUGCCCAAGAAGAAGUCUAAAGACGACGUUAUCGUCGGCCGAGUGAAACUAGAAAGUUCCAAGGAGAAAUCAAAGCGGUUAUUGAGGGAGUACGGUGAUGCCUCUUCUGAUGAGGACCUCUUGGAAAACUUGCCUAAAUAUCUCCAACAGCGACGAGAUCGUUUUGACCUCCAAAAGGAGCACCUCAAGGAGCACGGGCUAAAGCUACCACCCUCCUACGAUUGCAUCGAUUUCUCUGAUAAUGAGCGCCUGGAACACUUACAGGAGAAGCCAUCAUUUCCAGGUAGAGAGGCACCUCGGGAGUACAAGGAUAUCGAAUUGCCCUGUUCCAUGGGCUUGGUCCCCGCUCCAAUUGCCCAGUGGCUGCGACAGUACCAGGUGGACGGAGCCGCCUUCCUUCACGAGCUAUUUGUCUAUCAAAAAGGCGGCAUUCUAGGAGAUGACAUGGGUUUGGGCAAGACUAUCCAAGUCAUUUCAUUUUUGACAGCUGCGUAUGGCAAGACGGCGGACGAAAGAGACGCUAAAAGAAUGCGUAAGAUGCGGAGAGCCGAUAAUAAUGCUUGGUACCCACGGACAUUGAUCAUCUGUCCCGGCACUUUGAUUUCAAACUGGAUCGCAGAACUCCAGCGAUGGGGGUGGUGGAACGUCGACGUUUAUCACGGUCCGAGCAAGGAUAUUGCCCUCCAUGCCGCAAAAUCUGGACGAGUUGAAAUAAUGAUCACGACCUACACAACCUAUGCCAAUAACAAGGAUGAGGUAAAUAUGGUGGAAUGGGACUGCGUGGUGGCGGAUGAAUGCCACAAAAUCAAGGAACCAAAAGCAAUUGUGACGCAAGCGAUGAAUGAGGUCAACGCUCUCUGCCGUAUUGGCCUAACAGGCACUGCGAUUCAAAACCGGUACGAGGAGCUAUGGACACUCCUCAAUUGGACAAAUCCCGGCAAGAUUGGGCCUCUGUCAGCAUGGAAGGCACAGAUAGCAGUACCGUUAAAGAUUGGACAGUCCCACGAUGCUACUGUGAAUCAGCUCAGCAAGGCGCGGCGCGUUGCAAAAAUGCUAGCCGAGAACUUGCUGCCGCAUUUCUUUCUUCGCCGAAUGAAGAGCCUUAUUGCGGAUCAGUUGCCCAAAAAAAGCGACCGAGUAGUUUUUUGUCCCUUGACUGAGACCCAGGCAGAUGCCUACGAAAACUUCUUGGAUAGUGUGUUUGUACAGAUCAUCCAGAAAUCCACUGAAACAUGCGACUGCGGAUCCAAGAAGAAGGCCGGGUGGUGCUGCUAUAUGUUUAUACCCGGAACCUCUAUACGGUGGCAGUCCUACGUCUUCCCUGCCAUUACGAUUCUUCAAAAGAUCAGCAAUCACAUCGCCAUUAUGAUUCCACAAGGGAAUGACCCCAGAGAAAAGCAGGAGAAAGAAAAGGAGAUGCUUCAAGUUGCACUGCCAGACCAGUGGGAAGCGCUGUUCCGCUCCCGUGACUCAAUUCUAAACUUUGCAAAUCCAGAGUUCUGUGGCAAGUGGAAAGUCCUUCGCAAACUGCUAAAGUGGUGGCACUCCAAUGGAGACAAAGUCCUUGUUUUCUCGCACAGCUUGCGGCUAUUAAAGAUGCUGCAAAUGCUGUUCAACAACACCAGCUACACUGUGAGUUACUUGGAUGGUUCCAUGAAGUAUGAGGACCGGACCAAGGCUGUGGACGAGUUUAAUUCCGAUCCGAAUCAGUUCGUCUUCCUCAUCUCCACGAAGGCUGGUGGUGUCGGAUUAAACAUUGUCUCGGCAAACAAAGUAGUCGUUGUGGACCCCAACUGGAAUCCUUCAUUUGAUCUCCAAGCCCAAGACCGAGCCUAUCGAAUCGGUCAACUCCGGGAUGUCGAAGUCUUCCGGCUUAUUUCUGCUGGCACAAUCGAAGAGAUUGUUUAUGCCCGGCAAAUUUACAAGCAGCAGCAAGCGGAGAUAGGCUAUAACGCCAGCUCCGAACGACGCUACUUCAAGGGUGUACAGGACCAAAAGGACCAAAAGGGUGAGAUAUUCGGCAUGAAGAAUCUCUUCUCAUAUCAAAAUGACAACAUUGUCCUGCGUGAUAUAGUCAAUAAGACCAAUGUUGCAGAGAGUCGAGUGGGCGUUCAGGUGAUGGACGUCGCCUUUGAAUUUGAUGCCGAGGAAGACUACACUCUAAAGUCGGAGGAUGAAGCGAUGAGCCAGCUAACAGCUGAGAUCUGCGGCGAGAGCAAAGAAGAAGAAUCGACCAAGAAAAAGGAACGGUCAGCACAAAAACAUGACCCUGUCCAGGCAAUUCUUGCGAGCGCGGGCGUUGAGUAUACACAUCUCAAUAACGAAGUGAUUGGCUCCUCCAAAGUGGAGGAGCAGCUCAGUCUUAACGCAAAGAGAAUACACAACGAUCCUGACGCCGAUUUCCAGGUUUUUGACCGAACUUUCACCAAACCCCUGCCGACUGCAGCUCCUAACUCUCAUUUCGAUGUUUUGAAUGGUGAUGGCUUGAGAUACAACCCGCCGGAUGCUGUGAAACGCCGCCAAUUCUGCAGCAUGGCCCGUCACUUUGGAUACCCGAAUGCAACAGACUUUGCUCUUGUGGUAGAGAACAUGACGCAGGCACAGCGGCGAGCCUGCCUUGAAAAAUGGUACCGCGAGCGAUGGGACAUUGUUCAGCCCAAGGCCGAGAUGGUCAAGGCUGAGGUGGUCAAAGGGGAGAGUAUCAAGGACAAGAAUCAAGGUUAA